AAAGUAACAUGGAAAACAAGAGUAGUGAUGGGACAUUUGAACCGAGGCUUCGGAGCUUGUGUCGAGCAUAAAUGGGCGUGCCAGAUGAAGCGUCGAUUCGAGGCUUGUGUUGGGAAUGUAGAAAUCACAUGACCAAUGACAAACGAGGCCUCGGUUUGUGUGGAAUACGUCAUCGGUUCGGUUUGAGUGUCGCUUCCGGAUAAAGGGAGUUAGAAACACGCGAGUAGUUUCGGAGUAGUAGAACCAGUAGUAGUAGUAGAGUGUCGGAGAGUCAGAGAGUUGUGUCAUUAUUGUAUUAUUAGAGCUAUAUUAUUAUAUUAUAUUAGGUUAUAUUAGGUUAGUAUAUUGUUAUUAUUAAUUAUAUUCAUUAUAUUAUAUUAUUAUUAUAUUACAUAGAUAAGAUUGGUUGGAUUGCUUUGGAUUUUUGGACUUGGACUGGACUGCUUGUUGAUUUGGAUUGCCCUUUUGGAUUUGUUUGCUUUUUUUGUGACCUCUUAAUGGAGCCAGCAAGAAAGAGGAAAUCCUCCCCAGUCUGGGAGCAUUUUGAAAUGGUUGCUCACAAUAAGGUGAAAUGCUUGCUGUGCCUGAAGGAGCUGACAUACAGCAAUAACACCUCCUCCAUGCUCAGGCAUUAUCGAGCACUGCAUGAACAUGCAGAAACUAGUAACAAUCCACACAGUACUCAAAAUUCCAAAAAAGAAAUGGUGAAUGAGGCCCUGGUGAACAUGGUCGUCAAGGACUCCCAACCCUUUUCCAUUGUGGAAGAUGCUGGAUUUAGGGACCUCCUGCAUGUGUUGGAUCCUACUUAUGUUAUCCCAACUCGAAAGGUAUAUGAUUAAUAAAGUGGUUUAUAAUUAUUUAAGCAGUUAAU